GCGGGGCAGUUCGGGAGGCGAGUGUGUCACGCCUGACUGUCAACAAACAGGGGGAGUGUUCGGUGGUCGGUGUGCUGUGCUUCCUUAGGACUUUACCCUUCCCCACUCUCGGCAUGGAGCUGGAGGACUCCUACUACCCCAAGGCGCAGUACAUAGAGACGGCUACCGGGAACCGAGUGAGCCGUGCUAGCGUGCUUUGUGGGUCACAGAACAUUGUGCUCAGCGGCAAAGUGAUUGUCCUCAAUGGAGUCAUCAUACGUGGUGACCUGGCCAACGUGAGAGUUGGCAGACACUGUGUCAUCUCUUCCAGGGCUGUGAUCAGACCUCCCUUCAAGAAAUUCAGCAAAGGAGUUGCCUUCUUCCCACUGCAUAUUGGGGACCAUGUCUACAUUGGUGAAGGCUCUAUCAUCAACGCAGCAGCUGUGGGAUCUUAUGUUUACAUUGGAAAAAACUGUGUCAUUGGACGACGAUGUGUACUCAAAGACUGCUGUAUGAUUGCUGACAACACAGUCCUUCCUCCUGAGACAGUUGUGCCACCCUUUGCCAUUUACUCUGGUUCACCUGCACGUCAAAUAGGGGACCUUCCUGAAGCAACCCAGGAUCUCAUGACAGACUACACCCGCAGCUGUUACCAUCAUUUCAUACGGGUGAAGGAUCUACCUCCACAGGCACGAGAGGGAGCAAAUGUAGCAAGGCUGGUGGAUGUGUGAGUGUGUGUGUGUGUGAAGGAGAGACAGAGAACUUAGAAGAUUGAUAUGAUAUAUUUAUCUUUACAGGGAUGUUAGCCUAGUUUGUGUGUGUGUGUGUGUGUGUGUGUGUGUGUGUGUGUGUGUGUGUGUGUCUGUAAAAGUAUAUAUGUGAAGAUCAAUUAAAUUUAGUUUGAUAAGCCACACCAAGUUAUUAUCAUUAUUAUUAGAAUAUACACUCCAAUAUUAAUCUUGUCAAUGUUACAUAUUCAGGCAUGCAAGUAAAAUAUUGCAUGCAUUGAGCAGCUUUAUUUUGAACUGUAUUGUUUCUAUCUUGUAAUCGAUGAAGAGAAGUAAAAAAGUCUUACUCUCA